UUGGACGAUCAGUUGGUCGAUCAGUUGGUCGAUCAGUUGGAAGAUCAGUUGGACGAUCAGUUGGUCGAUCAGUUGGUCGAUCAGUUGGACGAUCAGUUGGACGAUCAGUUGGUCGACCAGUUGGACGAUCAGUUGGUCGAUCAGUUGGUCGACCAGUUGGACGAUCAGUUGUUCGACCAGUUGGACGAUCAGUUGUUCGACCAGUUGGACGAUCAGUUGGUCGAUCAGUUGGACGAUCAGUUGGUCGACCAGUUGGACGAUCAGUUGGACGAUCAGUUGGUCGACCAGUUGGACGAUCAGUUAGACGAUCAGUUGGUCGACCAGUUGGACGAUCAGUUGGUCGACCAGUUGGACGAUCAGUUGGACGAUCAGUUGGUCGACCAGUUGGACGAUCAGUUGGUCGGCCAGUUGGACGAUCAGUUGGACGACCAGUUGGUCGAUCAGUUGGACGAUCAGUUGUCGAUCAGGUGGUCGACCAGUUGGACGAAGAGUUAA